AUGUCUGUUGAUGACCCUUUGGCUUCUCCGGAAAAUCAGCUGGUCGCAGCUUACUUUGCCCGACAAGCAGGAGCUUUAGAAAGACAGAAGAAAGGAGAUGAAUAUGAUCGAAGUCGUGGAAAAGGAGGGCCUUGGCAGACAUCCGAACAUAUCAUUUUGAUCCUGAAAGAUCCGCUCUUCUUCCAUCAAAGAAAAAAGGUGUCGUCAUCGAAGACACUGAAGGCAGGAGCACCGGUAUCCUCAGGAAGACCUGGUGGUUCAGAAGACUGA